AUGGCAUAUGGAACAGAGUAUGAAAAUGAUGCUAUGAUCGAGAUUAAAUGUCCUUUUAAAGAAGCCACACUUUUAAUGAAGGUAAGAAAAUCAAAUUCAAACUUAGAUAUUUUGAUUAGAACAAAAAAUAUCAAAAAAUUUUCAAAUAAAUAA